GCAGCUUGUUCCAUUCGAAUGAACACACCAGUGAUUUCGGUGGUGCUUAAGAAAUACAUUUCAGUUCAAAAAAAAUCAAACAUAAAUACAACCAUGAAGUUCUUCAUUGCCAGCGCUUGUGUCCUGCUUUUAGCAUCCGGCAUCUCGGCCGAUCCUGUCAAGGCUGCCGCCAACGAUGAGCAGUCCGGUGCAUUUGCCAAAUGCCUGGAAGCUGAUUCCAUCUCGUGUCUGCAGCUCACGCUCUUCCGCAAGGCCAAGUCCGUCUUCGACAAUCCACAAAUUGAACUCUUCGGCGGCGUCUCACUGGUCAAGGCCAAUGAAGGACGUCAGGGCAAAUCGCUGGACAACUCAAUGGCCGUUGAGGCCGCACCCACUGUGGAGGCCCGCACCGCCGAAAUGGGCAACUACUUCAUGGACAACGCCAAGAGCUUCUUCGCCGAGCGCUCUCUGAACUUCAACUUUGCCAAUGCCGCUCGCAGCGUUGCCCGUGCCAUUCCCGAUGACAUCAAGGCUGAUCUGCGUGAGCUGGUCGUCGAGUCGCGUACCCGCAAGAAGAAGCUGUUGAAGAAGUUCCUGCCCAUCCUGUUGGGCGUGGGUGCUAAGGUUGCCGUGCUCGCUGUUGGCGCCAUCUUUGGUCUGCUCUUCAUGGCCAAGAAGGCUUUGAUUGUGUCCGUGAUUGCCUUCUUCAUGGCCUUGGCGGCUGGUGCCUCCAGCGGCUUGAGCCGUCUGGGCGGCUCCGGCGGCAGCGGUGGUCUUCUGGGCGGUCUCGGUGGACUGUUCGGUGGCAAGAGCUCUGGCUCCGCUGCUGUCAGCUCCGGUGGCUGGUCCUCAGGCGGUGGCUCUUCCAGCGGUGGCUGGUCCUCGGGCGGUAACUCUGGCUGGGAUUCGCACGGUGCCUACAGCUCGCCAGUGGCCCAGACUAUUGCCUACCAGGGCUACAAGCAGGCCAGGCGGUAAGCUCUGUGCCCCAGCAAGCAACCCACGAAAUCCAUAGAAAUCGAAGCGUGACGAGGAGAGAGAACAAUCGCUGCUAAACAAUGAUGACCAUUUCAUUAAUGUCUAUAUAUUUAUAUUUAUUUAUAAAUUAUUUAUUUUAAUUUAUUUACCUAAACGUGAACGAGAACGAGAACGAGAGAGGGGCGGUGACCCCAACCAUUUAAGUGCCUUCCCUAAGCAAUCUCUCGGAGCAGAGAGACACCGAACACACAAAACCAAGACCACUUUUCAUCUAUCCACACACAAAAAAAAACAACAACCACCAGUCAACACUCAACAUUUCUACAACUACUCUAUACUCUAUACACUCUAUACUCCCCACCCUAAUUUCACUCUUUACUUUACUCAACUCUACACUAUACUUUAAUAUCUUUUCUGUAUUUUCACGGCUGCAAUUUGAUUUAUGGGCACAAAAUGCUUGAAACUAGUCGCGCCCAUAAAUCAAAUGCAGUCGCCUUAACUAUCUCUCUCUAUUUGCUAUCUUUCAUCAAACUAUGUAACUGUCUAUCUAUCUAUCUAUCUAUCUGUAUUUACCGCCAUUUCUGUAUCUCAAUGGUAAACUGUGUUUUCCUACUUUACCGAAAAGAAAACUCUAUCAAGCUGCAACAUCAAAGAAUCAAAUAAUAACUCCGAAAAUAUCUACAACUCAAUCUCUUUCAUUUCAACCACAUCUAUUACCUAUUCACUCAUUUACUCAUUCACUUAUUUACUUAUUCACUUACUCAUUUCGCUUUCAAUUUGCCUGCUCGCAUCAACUCUGACAUCUGCAGACAUCACUCAUACGCCUCAUUGUUUGGGCCAGCUAUUUGCAUUUGUAUGGGCCGGCAACUUUCAUUUAAUUCUUUGUUAUCGGCCCGAAAUCGAAGACAAAGACAAACAAAUACAAAUACAAAUACAACGAGGCCGCAAAUGUUUUCUAAAAAAUUUCACCCACUUAUUUUUUGGUUAAUCUUCAUUUUUACUGCACUUUCCUUCGGUCGUCUCUCCAACGCUCUCUGAACCAAGAAUACAACAAAGCAAUUUGCUAACAAAUAAAAUAAACAUUUCGCUACGCGCAUUUUUGGACU